GGUCGCGGCGCGGCCGGCGCCCGUCUCCUCGGUGACCGGGGCCGCCGGCGGCUCCCGAGGCGGAACGGGGAGCGCUGGGACGGAGCCCGCGCGCCUUGUUCUGCUUCAUUCCCUUCACACCUUCAAAAUUUACAAUGGAUGUGGCAGAGGGUCCUCUUCAUAGACCACAGCCUGAUUCGUCCCAAGCAUAAGUCCAUCUGUGCAAUGACCAGGGCACUUGUCUUGUGGAAAAAAUGAAUGAUCAAGUAAUUAAGAUGAUCAAUACAUAUGUAUGAGUGGAGCAAACUAAGAUUACACAGGAUUUCAUCAGAUGAAGAAAUUGGAACUUCUUUCCUAUUAUCUCCUGACACAAUGAACAAGAAUGAUUUGGACUAAUUAGGAGAUCUUCCAGUUUCAGAAAAUAACCACAAUGUAUAGACCAGGGGAAACAGUUAAACGUCGUCUUAAUGUGCAUGCUCCUCCUCGAAUAAGAAGUGUAGAAGUUGCUAGAGGAAGAGCUGGCUAUGGGUUUACCCUUUCUGGGCAAGCCCCUUGUAUUCUUAGUUGUGUUAUGAAAGGAAGCCCUGCAGAUUAUGUGGGACUUAAAGCUGGAGAUCAGAUAUUUGCCGUUAAUGAUAUUAAUGUAAAAAAGGCGUCUCAUGAAGAUGUGGUGAAACUAAUAGGAAAAUGUUCUGGAGUCCUACACAUGGUGAUUGCUGAAGGUAUUAGUCACAUAGACUCCUGCUCAAGUGAUGAAGAAGUUGGUUUUUAUGAUGGGAAAGGGUGGCUGAAGCCAAAGCCUGAUUCUAAAGCCUUAGGCAUAAAUAGAGCAGAAAAGGUUGUUGAAGAAAUGCAAUCUGGUGGAAUUUUCAACAUGAUCUUUGAAAAUCCUAGUCUUUGUGCUGGGAAUACAGAAAACUCUAUGCCAAAACAAAGAUCCCUUUCAGAGUCUGCUGCUGCUAUAUUUGAAACUGGAACUGAAGGUGUAAGUCUCAAUCCAAAUCAACUUUCUAAAGAAGAAAUAUCCAAAGUGUUGCAUGAUGAUUCAGUUUUCCGAAUUGGACUAGAGAAUCCAGAGGAUUUUGGAUUAGAUGCAAGUAUUUUAAAUGUUGCCAUGGUGGUAGGCUACCUAGGCUCAAUUGAACUGCCUUCAACAACUGCAAAUCUGGAAAGUGACAGUUUGCAGGCUAUUCGUGGAUGUAUGAGACGUCUUCGGGCAGAACAGAAAAUCCAUUCUUUGGUGAUGAUGAAGAUUAUGCAUGACUGCAUUCAGCUCUGCAGUGAUAAAUCUGGUAUAGUGGCAGAGUAUCCUGCAGAGAAGCUCGCAUUCAGUGCGGUGUGCCCUGAUGAUAGGAGAUUUUUUGGGCUAGUUACAAUGCAGAGCAGUGAUGAUGCAAGCUUGGCUCAGGAAGAUGAAGGAGUUCUAAGGACAUCUUGUCACGUGUUUAUGGUAGAUCCAGAAUUAUUUCAUCAUAAAAUUCAUCAGGGUAUAGCAAGACGUUUUGGACUAGAAUGUACAGCAGAUCCAGACACAAAUGGCUGUUUAGAAUUUCCAACAUCAUCUUUACCUGUUCUUCAGUUUAUCUCUGUCCUCUAUAGGGACAUGGGGGAGUUGAUUGAGGGAAUGAGAGCCAGGGCUUUUCUUGAUGGUGAUAUAGAUGCCCAUCAGAAUAAUAGUACAAGCAGUAACAGUGACAGUGGCAUUGGAAACUUUAACCAAGAAGAAAAAAGCAACAGAGUUUUGGUGGUUGAUUUAGGGAGCAAUCCAAGUAAACAUAUUCCUAAUAGCAUAUGGGAAAAUCCAGGAGGAAGAGGGCAAAAUCAAUCUGCUGUCCAUUGGAAUGGCUUCUGUCAUGAGCAAGAAGGAAACGCUCCUUUAGAAGUAAUUCAGAAUGAUAAACCACAAAAUUUAAGCAAGCACUUGAGUCCUGCAGCUCGUAUAGAAGUUCCACUAGUUUCUUCCCGAAAUUCAGUGCCACCCUCCAAGAAAAGUACUAUGGGCAUGGGCAAUCAAAGAUGGUUGCCUGUUCAUGUUUUACAAGAUUGGCAGCAUGGAAAUGCCAGUGACCAGGAGUCUUAUACAGAUUCUACAGAUGGCUGGUCCAGUGUUAACUGUGGGACUCUUCCCCCACCAAUGAAUAAGAUUCCAGCUGACAGAUACAGAGUCGAUGGCAGCUUUGGUCAGCCCCAGUUAAAAUCUCACAAAAAUGAAUGGUCUAAGAAAGUGUUUUGCAUGCAAAACAAGUUUGGCCCACAGCACAAUGUUAGAAAGUCUAAAGAAGAAAAAAAGGGCGCAAAGUUUGGGCAUUCAGUUGGAUUACCUCAGGCCCCUCAACGGUCUUCUGUUCGGAGAUCAUUUGGAAGAUCUAAGCGAUUUAGCAUUACCCGUUCACUGGAUGAUCUUGAGUCUGCAACUGUGUCUGAUGGAGAGCUGAACAGUACUGAUUUAAAGGACUGCAUCAGUGAGAAUAGCCUCAGUAGCAAUGCUAGUCUUCCUAGUGUGCAGAGCUGUCGGCGACUUCGUGAAAGAAGAGUUGCAAGCUGGGCUGUUUCAUUUGAACGUCUUCUUCAAGAUCCACUUGGCAUUAAAUAUUUUUCUGAAUUUUUACGGAAGGAGUUUAGUGAAGAAAACAUUUUAUUCUGGCAAGCCUGUGAAUAUUUUAACCAUGUUCCUGCACAUGACAAAAAAGAGCUUUCUUACAGAGCUCGAGAGAUCUUCAAUAAAUUUUUGUGCAGCAAAGCUACAACUCCAGUUAAUAUUGAUAGCCAAGCACAAUUGGCAGAUGAUAUUCUCAAUUCCCCACAUCCAGAUAUGUUCAAGGAACAGCAGCUUCAGAUUUUUAACCUGAUGAAGUUUGACAGCUAUACUCGCUUUCUGAAAUCCCCACUCUAUCAAGAAUGCAUUCUGGCUGAAGUAGAAGGUCGCCCUCUUCCUGAUCCACAGCGUGUUCCCAGCAGCCCUACUUCUAAACAUAGUUUCAGCUCAGAGCGGUCCAAUAUCUCCACACCAAAAAAGUUAAGUGGAAAAUCAAAGUCUGGAAGAUCCUUAAAUGAAGAAUCUGGAGAGGAAGAUGCUGAGAAGAAGAAAAAAGGAACAUUUUUCUCCUGGUCAAGAAGUAAGAGUCUGGGAAAAUCACAGAAGAAAAAAGAAAAUGGUGAUUACCAAAAUGAUUCUAUUCAGGCCAAUGGAUUAUCUUGCAGACGUGAAUCACAGGGCUCUAUGUCAUCAUCUGCAAGCCUUGAUCUGUCUGAAGCAUCUAGAAUACCUGCAUCUGUAUCUGAGAGAGAGAGAUCCUCAAAACACUGCUGUGUAAACCUUCCAGAUGGCUCAUCUUGUAAAAUGGUUGUCAAAUCAGGAUUCUCAAUAAAGGAGAUGUUAUCUGGUCUCUGUGAAAAACAUGGCAUUAACAUAGCUGCUGUAGACCUCUUUUUAGUUGGAGGAGAUAAGCCACUGGUAUUGCACCAAGACAGUAGCAUCCUGGAUUCUCGGGAUCUGCGUUUGGAAAAGCGUACUUUAUUUCGGCUGGAUCUUGUUCCAAUCAAUAGAUCAGUUGGUUUAAAGGCUAAACCUACAAAGCCAGUAACAGAAGUUCUACGGCCUGUGGUUGCAAAGUAUGGCUUAAAUCUUAAUGAACUUGUGGCAAGACUAAAUGGUGAGCAGGAGCCACUAGAUCUUGGCCUGCCUAUAUCUAAUCUGGAUGGUCAGCGGGUGGUACUAGAUGAAAAAGAGCCAACAAAGGGAAGAGUAUUCACAGAUAAACAAAAGGUCUCACCAGUUAAACAAAGUACAGCUAUAACAUCUGCUUCAAGAAGUCAAGCAUCUACAGGAGAGGGAAGAACGCUAGGAAAGUCUAAUUCUAUUAAAAUGAAAGGCGAAAAUGGAAAAAAUGCUAGGGAUGCCCGGCUAUCAAAGAGAGAAGAAUCUAUUGCAAAGAUUGGGAAAAAAAAAUAUCAGAAAAUUAAUUUGGAUGAAGCAGAGGAAUUUUUUGAUCUCAUAUCCAAAGCUCAGAGUAAUAGAGCAGACGACCAACGUGGGCUGCUAAGAAAAGAAGACCUUGUUCUGCCUGAUUUUCUUCGUUUACCCCUGGCUGGACCAGAGCCACCUUCUUCUACACCGAUAGGCCCUAAAGGCCUUAACAGGAGAAUUUCAAAAUAUGAUGGCCAGGACAAAUGUACAGGUGGAAAACUGGAGUCCAUACAAAACUAUAAUGAAAAUUCAAUUAAAAAAAUGGGUCAUUCAGAAAAUAAACAUAAAACUGCUUUGGCAACAGUUAACAGUCAGAAGACUUACAGCGUUCCUUUUAGUGCCCCGUUGUCUCCAAUUCCACAUGUGCAGGAAAACAACAGUACAACAGUAUGGAAAAGGCAGUCAAGAGAAUUGCAGGCUGAAGGCAUACAGAUGAUAGAUGAUGACAAUGUAGCGGACUUGACUCUCGUGGCUGAAGGAGACAUUAGCAGCCCCAACAGCACUUUAUUGCCACCACCAACACCACCGACAGACAUCAGUAAUCUCACAGAAGCCAACUACCCACCCCCGACUCCGCUGGCAGGUAAUCAGGAAAAACCUGGAUAUCAAAGAUCCAAUUCAGGUGUGAACCACAGAAAGAAAAAAGAUUCACUGGCGACUGCUGGACAUGUCUGUGAACAGAGCUCUCACAAAACAAAGACCAAUAGAAGCCUCAAACCCCCUGGUGCUAGGGAUAAUCACGCUGCAGAACUUCCUGUAAACAGAGUAAUUGACGUGGAUGGAGUUAAACUGGAAGACAACAUCACACAAUCUUGUGAUGAUUCAGAAGGGAACCUCAGCUUCGAAGGCUACAUCUCUGAACUGAGGUCUUGCCAGGGGAGGAUGCGGACAGGAGUUUAUAGGACAUCAGACCUCCCGUCUCUGAUUACUGUCAAGACUGAGAAAAACAAGGGUGCCGAGAAUCAAUACAAAGCCACUUUUGUUUAAUCUCAAUUUUUAAUGAAAGGUUCCAUUAUUUUUUGCCCGCUAGCAUUAGAGCUCUGCAUUAUGGGCAUGUUUCUGCAAGCUACAGGGUGUUUUCAAUUCCUAUUGGCUUCAGUGCAAGUGUAAGACAGUCAGCAUGUCUGGGAGCGGGGGGCUGCCUGUCUUUAUCUGUGUUAGACUCUGUAUAAUGAAGAGUGAUAUUUCAACAAAAGCAUCAGAAUAUUUAAUUUUAUCCUGUCAUUUAAAUAACUCUUUGAUGUUGUUUUAUAUGUCAUAGUUCCAUAGUUGGUGCUUUGACCAAAAUGGUGAGAUUAAGAUUCUCAUGGUUUAUGACCUCUCUUUAAGUGUCUUUGAUAAAGACAAACUCAUUUUAAGUUACCCAUCAAUUUUUUUUUUUUACUGAAGGUGGCUUCAGAUUUUCUUCUUGAUCUUAUCAUGUUCUUUCUUAACCUGCCAGAUUCCUACAGUGCUGCUAGAAUAGGACAUUGAAAACAAAGUGUACGUUAGUUAUCGGUUCAAAACUAUUAAGGCUUUUUGGGUUUUUUUCUGACAAAUCUUCCUGUCUGAUACCAUGUGAGAAGCAGUCUAAGGGGGAUUCAGUCUUGUUGCAAAGAUUAUCUGAACUGCUGUGUGCAAUCGGGCUUGCUUUACACAAGUAAGAAUUCAUGUUCAAGGCAGUUAGAGUGCCUUCAGUGCCUCGUACUGGUAUCAUGCACAUAGCAGGAUACAUAAAGCAGCAGCAUGGAGGUCAUCCAAGGCUUUAUCCAGCACUGUUCCCUUGAUGUCUGAACCACGUGAGAAGGUGGUUUGAUUUUUGGGGGGGAGGGGUUUGCAAAAAAUCUAUCUCCAGUUAAAUGUUCCUCUUUUCAAUUCUAGGUUUGAAUUGUGUUUUAGCUAACCUUGUAGACUGCGGAAUACUUAUAAAGGAGGAAGAAAGUAUACUUCCUAAUUCUCUGCAUAUAUUGUUUUUGCAAACCUGUAGUUGCUUACCUUUCUUUCCCAUUUCUUCUGAUUUAUUUAUGAUUUUGAGCAGACAAAAACAGGUACAUCUACCCCCUUAUUUUAGGAUUUGAAAGCUCAUCCUCAGCUGCCCCGAGGCACAUGAGCCACUCUACUCCAACUACAUGACCUUGCUGCAGCAGUGGACAGGAAGUGCAGAAGGUGAGAGAAACUGGGAACAGCCUGAUUCCUAAGUGAACAGGAACAUCAAACUAAGUCUUUCUAUGAAUCAUGCCCACUACCUGUCUAUGGGCAGUGUAGAUGGAAAAUGAGGUGGAGUAGAGUUAGUGUUGGGCCCUGCUGUGCUUGGGCUGUGCAUGCACUGUGAGGGAUGUGUGAGGGAGUGGCCAGGUAGGGUGAAGUUUACCUUGAUACUCAGCAGUUUCCCAGGGAGAGUUAACUUGGUGCCAGGGGUAGAGCUAGAAGUUUGUAAUGUAGGCUAAGGCUAAGGAGUAGGCUCACGUAGCAGUACAGACAUACUCACAGACAUGCAUAAAUACUGAGGAAACGUAAGCCACAUACCCCUAUUAUUCUAUACUGGAAACUAUGAUCCAUUUUUAAAACUUAGAGGUAUUUGCUGUGUGAGAAAGAUGUGCAGAUUCUUAAGACUCUGCAACAGUAAUGCAAACCCCAGCAUUUAAAAAUUAUGGUCCAACUCCUAGUGAUGUAAAUUGGCACAGGUCCAUUAAUUCUGUGGAGUUUGUCAUUGACAAAAGUAAAGGAUUUUGUUCUAAAUAUGGAGAAUCACAUUCAAUUCAGUUAAUGUUGCACUGUUUUAUAGGAAACGGGAAAGCCCAGUUAAUAGGUUGUGUCUUUUAUUGAUCAAUGAGUGAUAUUAACCUGUCAUGGAAAAUAGCUCUUCCUUAAUAAACUUUCAAAAUUAAAAUCAAAUUGAAUCUGCACUGAAGAUAUGGCAAUACUGUAGUGUAAAGACUGAAAAACUUAAGGGAUUGAGAUAUAGAGGCUUUCAGUUCCAGAUAACUGAUUCAUAUUUCACUUGGGAAGCUGAAAGUUUUCAGUCUGAUGCAGUGAUUCCCAACCUUUUCACACUCCAAGGGUCACCCUGUCAGACUAAAUGUACCCCUGAGAAAAUGCCAGUUCUUUGUUUCACUCAUUUUUUGACUACAGAAAAAUACUAGAGCAAUUCUUCUGUUGCAAAGAAUUCAGGCAGACCAGAGCAGGUUCCAGAAUGGGUUUGACAGUAUGGAUUCUUAUGUGAAAUCUGAGUUUACCCUGUGUACACACUUAACAGUGCUAAUACUGCAUGGCACCCCACAGCAUCCUUAAAAAGAUGGUACCCCAGGGCUCCAGGGAACCCUGGUUGAGAAUCACUGAUCUAUUGGGAUGAUACUACAAAUUGCACUCAUUAUCUGAGUCCAUUUUUCUGUGGACCAUACAGUCAAAAUCUACACAAUUACGAAUAAUAAGUAUCAUUAUUGACAGGGACUGAAAAGGUGUGGAAUUAACUUUUCUUCCAUAUAUAAUUGCUGUUAGGUAACAUUGCUGACAUACUGAAGCCUUACUGGAGACUCUCAUGCUGCCAUUCUGAUGGUACCAGUUCUCAUGCUGCCUAUUCACUGUCACCCACAACAUACUUUAUUCUUUAGUUGAUUAUAUCGAGGAAGCCUGUAAUGUGAAAUAAUGUUCCAAAAUGGGGUUAGUAUGUUAAUCAUGAGACAUUAUGUUUAACACUCGUGCAUUUUUUAAAAGUUCUUUUCCAGUAUUUUCUGUCUUGCCAUUUUAUCGACAUUUUGAUAUGAAUUCAUUGUUUGUAAUAGAACAUAUUUUUCACUUAUAGAUGCUCACGUGUUCUAUAGUAAGCUUCUGAUUGUUUCUGAUCAAAGAAGAGCCUCUUGUCAUAUCAGUAAAAGCCAACAAAUGGAAUGCUUUUAAGCUUGAUACAAAUCGCAUCUGUUUCUGGGAAAUUCUGCUCCUUUUUAAAACUCAAAUACAGUAAGUAGUUUGUGCCCAGUUGAUUCCUGGUCAGAAAUUUAAGUGAAGCACUAAUUGCACAUUGCUCAUCAAUGCCUGGAUUCUACGAGUGUCUUGUGUAUGGAGCGCUCAGUGAAACCAAAGAGCUUGCAGAAUCAUGCCCUAAUGACACAUUUGAAAAUGACAUUCAAUCCUGUUGUGGUGGCCAGACUAUUCAGUGAAGCCUUCCUGCUUCUGUUUUAUUGCUCACUACUAGAACAUUCCUAGAUGCUAUAUUCAGAGCCACUGUAUUGGAUCCUUGAUCUGGAGGGACUAUUUGGUUACAUUAAGAGGAAAAUAUAGCUAUAGCAUUCUGUUGAAGAAAUAUUUGUUCCACCCCAAUGGAAGAACCAACUUUAUUUGUCAGACGUUUUUCACUUCCUUUCAAAGCUAGUUACAGACAUUAAUUUCAGUUUGCCAUUAGAACCUUUCCAUGGCUGCUUAGCUGCUAAGCUCCAAAAAAAAUUGUUGUUUUAAAUUAUGAAUGCCCCAACUGGAUUUGACUGUCUUGGAGAUUUAUCCCAAGUUCAAGGAAAUUAAGAAUGUAAAAGAAAGCAGCCUUAAAAUUAAUUUUCUUGAACAUGGGGGAAAAGCUUGGCAGUAUGCCUAGAAAGCCUGUGAGCCAAGCAGCAUUGACUAAAUAGAAAUUAUUCUUCCUUAUUUCAGCAAUAAUUUUAUUCAAGUGGGACCUGAACGUGAGAAACAGGUAAACUUCAGUUUCAAGGAUAUUCUUUUAAACAAUGACCUAGGGCCUGGGGCAAUUUACUUUAUAGGCUUAGAAAUAAUAACGUUAGCUCUACUUUUGCAAGAUCCGGGGAAUAUAAAAACUAACCAGUACAGUGUUACCUCUGGGAUCAAUUGCUAGAGAUCGUGGAGUUAAUAAAAACAAAAGGCAUGCAAAAUAUCCCUGAAUGGCCUUUUUUUAAGAGUGAUUAGGCUCUGAGGAUGUUCCUUAGUUUUAACCAUUGUGUGAUUUUACCAGAAUAACAUGAUUUUGAGUUUCAUUGUUAUAUUAGUAUUUCCAGUACAAAUGAAACCUCUGAGCAAUUUUUUACAAGUAGUUUAAUACAUACAUUUUGAUGACUUGGUCCUCUUUAUUGUUAAUCAGGUUCUAAAGAUAAAAGGAUAUGGUCUUUAUUCCCCUUCCAGUUUUCCCAAUUUUACAGUGUUGCAGGUUCACUGAUUUCAGUGGAAUUACUUCUGUUUCUUUCAUUAAACAAAUAUAAACUGAAACAAAACUUGGUUAUCUGAUCUUCAAACACUGGUGUAUGCUUGCAUUAACUUCAUGACAUGACAAAGUAUUUAAGAUGAGAACUUAGCCUGGAAGCUAUAAAAAAUAUUUCAUAGUUCAAAUGAGAUUCAUAAAACAUUUCAACCUAAGAACUUUUGAUGCAUUUAUAAUUAUCCCUAACUUGUCUAUUUAAUAUGCUGCUGUUUUAUAUUUCAUCUGUUGUCAUGGUGCUUGGUGUCCGAGUUGGUAGCCUUAACUCUACAGUUUAGCAGAGCUGCGAUAUUGUUUGUUUUAGAAGCUUUGUGCUUUGUUGAGAACUAAAACCCAUAUGUAAACAACUUAAAAAUAAUUUCCCCCCUAGAAUCAUUGUGUUUGUGCACCUUGUAAAAAAUUGUAAUGUCACGCAUACACCCCCCCCCCACACACAUUAAAAAAUAUUAAGGUUGCAAAGUCAAGCAUUCAAAAGUUAGAAGACACCAAAAUUAAAGUUGAUUUCUAUAUAAAUUCAGCCUACUCAAGUGUGUGCAUUAUGAUACAGAUUGUAUAUUGAUGAUCACAUACUCUUUGUACAGGACACCACCCUCAAGCAAGGAAAGAGAAGGUAUGGUGUUUGCUUACUAAGCAGUCAUUUAGUGUGUAUUUUCUCUUCUGUGUACUUACCAGUGCCUUAUCUGAAUGCUUCAUAAAUAUUAAUGCAUUUAUUUUCACGGCAUAGUGAGGAGUGUAUUAUGCUUAUUUUACAGUUGAGGAACCUAGGCGCAAAGAAAUGAAGAGCAAAAGUAUCUACUAAUUUGGGGAAUCAAUUCAAGAUACACAGGACCUGAUUUCUGGAGUACUUGGUAAUAUAGCAUAAAGCUCCUACUGACUUCAGCAGAAGUUCUAGUUGUUUAGUACAGCUUCAAAUCAGACCCCAAGGUCUGAAGUCAGGCACCCAGAAAAUGAAGAGUACACAAUAAGUGACCAACCGUAAAUAGUUUAAGUGACUUCACUAGUAUCACAUAGGAACUCUGUGGCAGAGGCAGUGGUAGAAUGCAAAUCUCCAAGGCAGCAUUCAACUGCCUAAGUUCUGGGACCAGAUAAACUUCUGAAAUGAGUAGGGGUCAUCUAGACAAUACAUCUUUUGUCCCAAGAGCAGUUCUGUCCUGUGCACUGAGUGAAGCAGAGGCUUUCUGGGCAAAAAACAAGAUGUGAUCCAAGAAUUAAAGCUGUUGUAGAAGAGAUUAUUAUGUGCACAAGGAAGCCAAGCUAAAGUUGCACAUGAAAACUAUUGUGUUUUUCCUAACUUUGGAGUGACUGACUUUGCUACCUUAGCAGUGUUCUUUUAGCAUAGAUUGUGUGUGAGGUUUCCUAGGUUUUUAAAAAAGCAGACUGAUCCCCUCUCUCAAAGUGAUAUCAUUUGGCACCUUUUUGACACUGACAUAGGCCAUCAGCAAGGUUGGCACCUUUAUAUUUACUGUACAGACUCCUGCCACUUAGUGCGUGGGUGUGAUCUGCCCCACACAGCAUAUCAGGUCCACCACCCUGGCCCUGCAUGCACUAGAUUGGGCCUAUUCCCUGCCCUGGCUCUGCAUACUGGUCCUAUAUGACACAGGAGCAACAUCAUCUGGCUGCAAAAUUUGUUAGAGUGGGAGUGGCAGCAGCAUUAAUUGCCACCGCUCCUCCGCCGCCAAAUUUCCUGACCUGGUGGGAGCCCUUCCGGCUGAAUUGGCCCACCCACCAGAGACCGAACACUACUGCUCUACAUGGAUCAGCAGUAGAGGUGGAUGGGAAGUUUUCCAAGUGGGUCUCAGAGAUGUGUUGACAACAGAAGAAAGAAGACUUGGAUUCUAGGCUUCUGUGGAAGACUUGAAGGAAGUGUGUUCAAGAGGGCACAGCUUUUUCUACCCAUGCGGCCCCCAGCAGACUCCCUGUGCCCUGUUCCUUCAAAACUGUCUCUGUUUCAGGCCCUUUCCUUCCCCAUAUCUGGUACCUCAUUCCAGUCCCGCUCUCUUGACCUAGCUACAGUUUCUGUUCCUCUGCUCUACUCUUGUCCUGCUGGACUCUGCAUCCUAGUUUCCGUCCCAGAUUCGUGUCCUUGGUUCCUCCCCUCCCCUACUCCUCAUCCCGUCGGUCUCUGUCCCUGUAGUAGUUUCCAGUUUCUCACCAUAUUCCCAGUUCUUUUUGGCUCCAGGUGUCAAUGUAAUGAGCCAAGGUCCAGCUGGGGUAGAUACAGUCCCAGGCCCCAGCUUUAAGAAAUCAGGGAAUCAGGCUGAGUCCUCCAUUAGGAAGAGGCACCUGCCCACACUGGCUAUAUACGCUCAUGUCAAACAGUAGCAGGCUGUUUGGGCAAUAGACAACUGUGUUGUUCCUCUGGCCUGCUUGAAAUUCCUAAACAUGACUUCAGAGGUUCAGAGCAUGCUCUGCAUGCUUUUGGACCCCUCCUUCCUGUUUCUACUUGCUCCUUUUCCUGUGUUGGACUUCUCAGCCUGGAUCAGCUGCUUUCCCUCACCACCACCUUGUCUCAACCCUCAUCUUGCUGUCCUGAACCAGGACUGAGACCUGGCUUUGAUUUCAGCUUCCACUUCAAUAAACCCCUGAUCUAGCACGAUCCACUCAGACUGACUUCCUAUGCCCUGCUCAACUUUACACUCAGUUUCUUUCCCUAGACUCCUUGUAUAAUCCUAGCGUCCUCUCCACUGCCUUACUGUUACAGUGACCUUGCCUAGCCAAACCCCAUUCUCCCCUCACAUCCCAGUUCCUCAUCGGUCUGCUUCCCCUCUCCUCUUUCUCUUCCUCUACGCCACUGGUUCUUAGCCCCAGUGUCCUGCCCACCCAGUCCAAUUCUUCCUCCCUACUCUCAGCUCUUCACCCAGUUUCAGUUUCUGUAGUGUGAGAAAGCUCCAGCAAGGGUUGUAAUGUGGCUCUGCUAGAGGGCAGCCUUUAUUAUUUUCUCCUUUAUGUUACUCUCUCUUCCUCUCCAGUGAGUGUAGAGGACUAGGUAUCUAUUACUCCAGAAUUCCCCCCCGCUCCUCUCCCCACACCACUCUCUGUCUUACUUCCCUUCUUGACCCUUAGUCCCAGUAUCUAUGACUAAUCAGUUCCUUUCCUCUUCUUCCUCCCAGUUUUUCUCCUUACCUGUUGUUCUCCAGUCCCAGGUUCUGUCAUCCUUAAGCUCCUUGGGCCAAUCUAAUCUCCUCCUUCCUGCAACUCCAGCUCCAGUUUUGCAUUUCAGUUAGAGACCUUCCUCCUCCACACUAUCUGGCAUCAGUAAAGGAAUCACUGAGAAGAAAGGAGAAAUGGACUCCCUGCUCUAGGUUCAGGUGCCUGGACCUGAUAUGAACUGCAUCACUCCUGAACUACAAUUGCUACACAGGACUGGUGUGGAGCAUGCUCCAUGUGUAUGCAAUCUUUUGGUUGAAAUUUUUGUAAAGCUAGCUUGAGGUAUAAACAGAGCAAUUUCAGCCCAAGCAGUGAAAGUCUGACAAAGCUGUAAGAAACCAAAAACAGGUUCUGCUAAAGCUAAGUGUUUGGGCUACCUUCUUGUUAGAUGGUACUACUAGGCCCACCUAUAAUAUAUGUGGAGGUCAGGGUUAUAUUAUUGUAUUGUAUACUUACAGCUUCAGUUGAUUAUGGUGAAAUUGUUCAAGUACAUUUUUAAUGUUUCUCCAUCAGACUUUGUGUAAUUUAAGGUCUAACCUUCAGUUUGCCUAUAUUAAUGUUACAGCCUGGGGUAAGUCUUCCUUGGGGGCAAUUACUAGCUUGCUCUGUUAGAUUUAACCUUUGGAUUUAGAUGAUUUGGUCUGGCAAACACUUAGGCAUUGGAUCUUGCUGUGGCCUCUUAAGACUCCUGAGGUGAGACUCCUUUGUCCUUGGAAACUUCUGUAUGAGAUAUGGGACCCAGUGCUAAAAUCCCUGAAGUCUUCCCAGUAGCAGGUCCACCACCCUGGGGACCCAUAUGUAUUAUUUAGGUACCUUGUAACACUUCAAAUAAGGAACACACAAGCUUUAUAUGCAGACUUUAAAAACUUACACAUGCUUAACUUAUGGUUGGGAAAAAGACUUGCUAAUUUAUAUAAAAUAAGAAAUACCCAAAAUGCAUUUAGAACUCAGAGUUCUUGCCACUCCUUUUAUAGAGGUCUAGCCCAUGACUUUCUGGAUGGGAGAGAGGGACAGGUCCUCUCAUGUCCCAUUUCUCUCUGCAGAGUCUUACUGUCUCACUCCCUACUAGAAAACAUGUCAUUUUAAAUCCAAGAUUAUAUAAUCUUUUCCAGAGAUGUUCAAUCUCCAGUCCCCUGGGUUGUAUUGUUGGCAGAGAGUUGUUAAAAGUCAGUGAGUCUACUGCCCCAAUGGGAUUAGACUAUUAAAGGUUGAUGACCUUGUUUUUCAGAUUCAGUCUGUUCUGUCCCAUUAUACAUACAUAUCCCCCAAGCUGUUGCUAGUACUAACUAAUGAUAGUGCUACUGGCAAUGCUAGACAGAUUCUGAAUAGAGUUGCGAGGGAAUACUGUCAUUAAAAGGAAUGUCUACUAACAUUUAAUAUAGUCUAUUGGGACGCAUGCCAGCUUUGUGCAUCCAGAAAGACUAGGCUACUGUGCAAUACAAUGAGAUGCAAAAGAAUGUAUCAGUAGCAUAAAAUGCUGUUGCUGACACAGUACAACCAGAUUUUCAGUUCUGAGUCCCAGCUGGGGAACUAAGUGAAAUUUCUAGGUUGUAAAUAUUCCUCAGAAACCCCUAGGUCCUAUUGUUCUUCAAGAAAUGGUUGAUGAUUGCUGAGCACUUUUUAGUAUCAUGAGUACUUCAUUUCACUUCUUGCAAAGCUUGGGACAGGUCUUGAGCUGAAGUCUAGCUCAGUUAAUGCAGCCUAAAAUGAUUGUUUCCCGAUGUAAUAGGAAAGGCAGGGUCUUUGCAACUCCAAGGCAGUCUUCCUAACUUCAAAUGAGACUGUGGUGCCUCAUAUUUAUGAGCAAUAGCUUUCAGAGUCCUAAAAUAUGCAUGGCUAUAAACCACCUCAUGUGGAUUCCUGACCCAUGCCUAUUCUGUGAAAAAUAGCCAUGGGAUUUGGAAGGGCCAAACUGCUGCAGUGGCCAACAAGACAUCCAUAUAUUUCAAUCUACUGGAGUCAUUAGCUGAGUUCUGUGUCCUAAAUGUGGCCUAGCUGAGUAUUUCAACUAGGGCCCAUAAGGCAUCAAGGGGACACUUGUACUGAUUUCAGUGGGCUUUAAAUCUGGUUGUUGGUGUAGCUCCACAGCUAUUUUUAGGCUGGUUAAUUGUAAUAAUUUCAAAUAAUUAGGUCUGUUGAGAAAUGCUGAUACACCAGGUGUUCACAAGUUCUAAUUAGUCCCUAAGUAUCUACACAAUCUCAGCAAGUUUACUGCAUCUGUUACAUUUUAACUUCCAUGUAUUCCUUUUGUAUUAAAGACAAGGAAAGAAAUUUGCUUAAAUUUUGUACCCAGGGGAAUGAAUACAUUGGACUGUAUAUGAUCAUCAUCUUCUGGAAUUUAAUUUGUAUUCUUGUACAAGUGAUUUAUUAUUUUGGAAAUUUGUAAUAUGAAAAUAGAUACUGGGCUAAUUUUGCCACCCCAAAAAACUGUUGUCAAAUUAUAUACUACACAGUAGUGUUUCACAAGGAAUCAUUGUUUAUAGAAUCAACAAUUGAUAACAAUAACUAAUUUUAACUGAUACAUUUGUUUGUAGUAAUUAAUUUGUCCUAGUGGACUGAUAAUAUUUUAUUUGUCAGCAACAUCUGUUUGUAAUGUAGUUCAAUAAAGGGGGGUUGUGUUCUUUCCAAUUACGUUAAGGGAAUCAGUUUUGCAUUAUAACCUGAAAAAUAUAACAAAUAUGUCUUUAAGUGCAAAUGCUUUUAAAAAAUGAUUUUUCAUUUGUCAGUUACUUUUAACAAACUUGGGGGAAGCAAAAAAAGAAGGCUGAAUGUUACUUGCACAUAAUACAUUUCACAAAGAUAUAUUUCUAAAUCACACCUCUGCAAAAAAUUGAAUUACUUUUUCUUUUUUUCUUUUUUCUUUUUUUUUUACCUGUAGGUAGCAUGUAUUGAUGUAUUGUUAUUUGUCAGGAAAUGACAUUCCUGAAAAGUUGAUUUCAUCUUGUGAAAUCCACCACUAGAGGAUGUGAUCCUUAACCUUUAAUGUAUCCCUGUUGUACAUUUAAUCUCUGCAAUUAAAAAUUAAAGUUGCUUUAAUACA